CUUACUGAUCAAAAUUAAAGGUAAAGGUGUUCGGGAGAAUUUUUUAUCUUUUACCUCGUUAUGAUUUACCUCAUUAUAAUUAGCGCAGUAGAAUUUUUCUUACAGCUUGUAAAGAAACAUGUCUAAAAACCCUGGUAGACGUUUUGAAAGCCCAUUUCCCCACUUGGAGGAAGCUUCAUAAAGUUUUUCCCCAAUUCUGUAUUCGAGAUUUCUAGGGCAUUAUAUUUCUUUCUGUGCGAUAAAGAGAACUCAGAAAUGGCGGCCGCUGGUGAUGAAAAGCUUUGCAGAUUCAAAAGAAACAAAUGCAAGAAGGUGAGGUGUGAUAACGAUCUACAAUUUUGUCAAAAACAUUACAAUCUUCACAUCAAUUUCUUCAGAAACAACCCUUCAAUUAUAAAGAAGCGUUAUCAUCAUCUUUAUGAGUCUGAAACUCUAGAUCUAACCAAAAACAACAAGGAGGAGGAGGAAAUGAAGAAUCAGCAGCGGAGUUCAAUCCUACCUCCAGAUGAACAACGUUGUUGUAUGAAUGAUGGAGUAGAAUGGAGAUGCAAGAAUUUCAGAAUGAUAAAGAGUUUUGGCGCAGACGAUAAUUAUAAAUAUUGUGAAAAACAUUUCAAUAUGAGGCAGCAGCGUAAGAAGAAGAGAAGUAGAGAUGAUGCUGAUGAAUUUGAUGAUUGUAACAGUGAUAUAGAAACUAGGGAUUCAAAAUGCUUGAAACUCCGGAGGAAGCAGGAAGAUGACCUGACAGGAGGAAUUCAACCAUCUGCUAAUCAUACCAGCUCUGAUAGAAUUGUAGGCGGUGGCUCUGCCAAAAUUGGGGCAAAGACGAAGAAAGUCGAAAGAACGGAAAGGUCUGGAGAACUAAAAUCAUCAUCAGGAAUUAGUGAACCUGUUGUUGAAACUAGGGAUUCAAAAUGCUUGAAACGGACGAAAAAGCAGCAGCUAACGGAGGAAGAUGACAGGACAGGCGGAAUUCAAUCACCUACUAAUCAUACCAGCUCUGAUGGAAUUGUAGGUGGUGGUUCUACCAAUAUUGGGACAACGAGGAAAGAAGUCGAGACGACGUCUGGAGAACUAACUUCAUUGACAGGAAUUAGGGAACCUGUAAUUGAAAUGGAGAGUCUGGAGCAUUAUAAAACUAAGUGUAUUGAAUUGUCUGUGGAGCUUCAGAAGAAUAAAGUAGAGAUUGAAAAGAUGAAACUGGAGCUUGAGAAGAAGAAUUUGGAGCUCGACAAGAAGAAUGUGGAGUGCACUGAACUCCAGGGUAACUAUGAGAAGAAGGAAUUGGAGCUUGAGAAGAACAAAGUGGAGCUUGAGAAGCAGAAAGAAGAGCUUGAGAAGCAGAAAGUGGAGGUUGAGAAGAAGAAUGUGGAGUGCACUAUACUCCAGGGUAAGUAUGCGGAGUUAGAAAUUAGAAAAACUGCUGCUAAAGAUGAGGAUGCUGUUAAAUAUUGGAAGAGCAAGUGUUCUGAUUUGGAGAGUCUAGUCCAGAGGAUGGAAAUCGAAAAUUCAACAUUGAGAUGUGAAGCGUCUCGUCUUUCCAAUUUGGAGAGCCUAGUCCCGAGGAAUGGAAAUGAAAGUUCAAUAUUUGGAUGUGAAGAGUUGUGUAAUUCUGAAAAGAUUGAAGCCGAAGCACGGGGUUUGCAGAAUGAAAUUACUCAAAGUGGUGAAAGCUGUGGAGGGAUGGAGGAUUCUCAUGUGUGUGGGUUUAAAACCAAAGAGAAUGUGCUGAAUGCGUAUGAUGUUGGCGUCAAUAAACGUCAUGAUUCAUUGUCUGAAUUUCCCAUAUACUCUGCUAUGAACAUUUCUUCUGGAAGUCUGCAUUUACCAAGUGGGGGUGAGAACGUUGAAGAAAGGAAGGGUUGGGGCAGUUCGGAAGAGAGACCAUCUCAACAUGGAUCAUCAUCUCAAGUUCAUUUGGAUAUAAGUAAGGAGCCUUUUGCUAACUCGGUUUCAGACGACGGUGGUGAAAGUCUUGGCAGUUCUGAAGAGAGACCAUCUCAACAUGGAUCAUCAUCUCAAGAUCAUUUGGAUAUAAGUAAGGAGCCUUUUGCUAACUCGGUUUCAGAUGACGGUGGUGAAAGUCUUGGCAAUUCUGAAGAUUCUGAUGGUUCCGUUGAUUCAAAAAAUUCUCAUCGUGACCUUAUGGACAUGUUGGCGAUGAAAUAUAGGAACGUGAAUGACGAGAAAGGAAUGAAAUGGAAAUCUGAGCCUGAAUUGCUUUCUUCGUUUGAAGAGGAUCCUGAGCUCUGUGUGAAAGCUGUGUGUGCUCUCUAUCGACAGGAAAUAUCAGAAGACGAAAUAUCACCCAAGGGGUUGUACAUUCACAGUGACACACUCAGCGGGAGUAAGCAAUUUUCUUGCGCGUGGCUGCACGUGCAAAGGGCAGGAAAGCCAGCCUGGAAAAUGGCUAAAGUUAUUCAGAACUACAAACUGGAAUUGAGAAGAACCAACAGUAUCAUCUUUUCUUGGUUUUUCGUUUUCAUACACUAUUGGCAUAGAUUGAUAUUUUCUCUCAACAGGUGUACUACUUUGGCCAAGUUUCUGAUGGAUGAGGACUGUAAAGGUGACCUCAAGAAGUCUGUGACAGAGUUGGAGACAUUAGAUUCUAAAGCGGUUGAUGACUGCAAGAAGCUGGCUAGGAGAUACUCGAUGCAUUUAUUCGACAUCUACCGAAACAGAAGAGAUCCGUUUUUCCGUCCAGCUACAACUGCCAGCCAUGGAGAUUAAACUUCUAAGUGAUAGACUGUUGUAUAAGUGUAAGUGGCCUUCACUUGCAUAUCCUUUUUACCUCCUCUAAUUUUGUACACAUAUGAAAUGGAAAACUGGUUAAUAUACUAGAUGGUUGUAUUGACUUUCUAAAUAUGUAUUGAGUCUCCAAUGUGAUAUUAUGGCUGUCACACUUCAGGUUGUUUUAGUAUCUACAUGGAGAAAAAACAAUCCUUGUUUAGCCCAGGGAACUGAUAAUGUUAUGCGUAAAAUCUUAUGGCUGAAAUUAAAACUAGAUUACCCCCAAUUAUUUUUUUGGA